AUGGAGGCGGCAGCAACCGCCGGCACCGACGCGCAGGCAGCCGCGACAGCCGCUGCCGCGAGCGCCGUCGCCGACCCGGCCAAGAAGAAGAAGAAGAAAAAGAAGAAGGCAAAGCAGGUCUCUCAAGUCAUCCCUCCAAAAGAGGAGCCUUCGCCUGCGCUUGUGUACGGCGGGGCGGCGGUGGCGAUCGCGGCGGCCGCGGGCGGCGCGUGGUACUUCCUCAAGGGCCCGGGCGCCAAGGGUUCGAAGGCGGGCGGGGUGUUCGCGGGGCUGCCGUCGCUGCCGGGGCUGGCCAAAGAGGGCGGGGGGAGUAAGGGGGGUUCUGACGGCGCGACGGACGUGACGAGCGCGGAGGGCGCGGUGACCGCGGAGGGGUUCGACCUCGCGGCGCAGUUCGCGAAGUAUUCGAACCCGGACGGCGUGGGGGGGGAGUCGGGGACACCCCCCCCUGACAUGACGGACCGGAAGUUCCGCAAGAAGGUCGACGGGCUGGUGAAGCGGGUGACGUCGAAGCAGCAGGUGUCCGUGGCGGGCGAGGGCCUGGGCGACGAGGGCGGCGCGUACCUCCUGGAGUCGCUCGCGUUCAACAGGACGUGCGUGGCGCUGGACGCGAGCAGCAACAUGCUGGGGGAGAAGGCGGUGGUGGCGCUGUGCGAGGCGCUGCGGAACAACAAGAAGCUGGCGACGCUGAACCUGUCGAGCAACGGCAUCCGCGACGAGGGCGUGGCGGAGCUGGCGGAGGCGCUGGCGGCGAACGAGACGCUGACGUCGCUGAAUCUGUCGGGGAACAGCCUCACGGACUUCGGCGCGAAGACGAUCGCGGAGAUGCUGAAGACGAACACCGCGCUCACGUCGCUGGACCUGUCGAACAACGAGAUCGAGUAUGAGGGCGCUGUGGCAAUCGCCGAGGCGCUGGCGGGCAACAAGACGCUCAAGACGUUCCGCUUCAGCGCGAACUACCUCGGCGCGCUCGGCGCGUCGGUGCUCGCGAACGGCCUGCGCGCGAACGAGUCGAUCCGCGACCUCGCGGUGGCGAAGAACAACCUAGGCCUCGAGGGCACGCGCGCGGUGCUGCGGGCGCUGUGCGAGCGCGCGGACGGCAUCGAGGUGCUCGACGUGUCCGGGAACGACGCCGGCGUCGACGUCGCGGAGGACAUCGCGGCCGUGGUCAAGCGCUGGGGCGGGGAGACCCUGCAAGAGCUCAACAUCUCCGACAACGCAUUAUCGGACUUCGGCGCGGGGUCGCUGGGGAAGGCGCUGACGGCGGGGGAGGACGUUGCGGCGCCGGAGAGCGGCUUGUCGGACCCGGGCGUGGGGUCCCUGGAGAAGCUCGUCGAGCAGGCUGCGGCGCCGGAGAGCGAGGGCGUUGCGGCGAAGGCCGGGGAGGGGCCCGCCGGCGGGGACAGCGCGGCGGGGGCGUCGACGGCGGCGCAGAAGGAGCCGAAGUACCGGUCGCUGCAGCGGCUGCUCGUGUCGGGGAACGACAUCGGUCCUGACGGCAUGAAGGGUCUGGCGCCGGCGUUUUCGCUCAUGAAGUUGUCGAUGCUGGACGUGUCGUCGAACCCGCUGUACGAGGGCGGCGCGCGCGCGGUGUGCAACGCGCUGUACAAGUUCGGGGUGCCGGUGCGCGAGCUCCGGAUGGCGUGGUGCAAGGCGGGGCCGAACGGCGGGAUGGCGGUGGGCGACUUGCUGUCGUUCAGCACGACGCUCGAGACGCUCGACCUGCGGUCGAACGACUUCAAGAACGACGGACUCAUCCUGCUCAGCCGCGGCCUGCGCGCCUACCCGGGCGAGAAGAUGCGUGAGAUCAAUCUGGAACACAAUAUGGUUGAGGACGACGGGAUGUUCAUGCUCGCGCAGGCGAUCAAGAACAACCCCGCGGCCGCGCCGCUCAAGCUGCGCAUGAGCUACAACUACAAUGGGAAGCCGGCGCAGAUCGCGCUGGAGGAGGCGCGGGACUUUGUGUUUGACACCAUUGGGCGGGACAUGGAGCUGUGGUACUGA